CGCCGCGGCCGGAGCCUGAUGCCGGGAGCUCGGCGCUGAGCGGGGGGCUCGGGCCCGGAGAUGGGGAUUCUCAGCAUCACGGACCAGCCUCCUCUGGUCCAAGCCAUCUUCAACCGUGAUCUAGAGGAGGUGCGGUCGUUGCUGAACCAGAAAGAGAAUAUCAAUAUAUUGGACCAAGAACGACGAACCCCACUGCAUGCUGCUGCCUACUUAGGAGAUGUCCCAAUCAUUGAGCUCCUAAUACUGUCAGGUGCUAACGUAAAUGCAAAGGACACUGUUUGGCUAACCCCGCUGCAUCGCGCCGCAGCUUCUCGCAAUGAGAAGGCACUUAACCUCCUCCUGAAGCACUCAGCGGACGUCAACGCCCGCGAUAAGUUCUGGCAAACGCCGCUCCACGUCGCUGCUGCCAACAGAGCCACCAAGUGCGCGGAGGCCAUCAUCCCCCUGCUGAGCAGCGUCAACGUGGCAGAUCGCACAGGCCGCACAGCGCUGCACCACGCUGUGCACAGCGGCCACAUCGAGAUGGUGAACUUGCUCUUAAACAAGGGAGCCAGCCUGAGCACGUGUGACAAGAAGGAACGUCAGCCCAUCCACUGGGCAGCCUUCCUAGGUACAGCACCCUUUGUUAGCUGGCCCUGUUCUGAUACAGGGCAUUUGGAAGUUCUGAAGCUGCUGGUGGCCCGGGGCGCUGACAUCAUGUGUAAGGAUAAGAAGGGUUACACCUUGCUCCACACGGCAGCAGCCAGUGGCCAGGUUGAGGUCGUGAAACAUCUGCUGAGGCUGGGAGUCGAGAUCGAUGAACCCAAUUGCCUUGGGAACACUGCACUUCACAUCGCCUGUUACAUGGGCCAGGACGCCGUGGCCAAUGAACUAGUCAACUACGGCGCCAACGUCAAUCAGCCCAACGAGAAGGGCUUCACCCCUCUGCACUUUGCUGCCGUCUCCACCAAUGGGGCCCUUUGCCUGGAGCUCCUUGUGAACAAUGGCGCUGACGUGAACUUUCAGAGUAAGGAAGGGAAGAGCCCUUUGCAUAUGGCUGCCAUUCACGGACGGUUUACGCGUUCUCAGAUCCUCAUACAGAACGGCAGCGAGAUAGACUGUGCUGACAAAUAUGGCAAUACCCCCCUCCAUGUUGCUGCUAGAUACGGCCACGAGCUGCUAAUUAGUACUUUGAUGACAAAUGGUGCUGACACUGCAAGGCGUGGAAUCCACGACAUGUUCCCUCUGCACUUAGCUGUUCUCUUUGGAUUUUCAGACUGUUGUCGUAAGCUACUUUCCUCAGGUCAGCUGUACAGCAUCGUCUCCUCGCUGAGCAAUGAGCACGUGCUGUCCGCGGGUUUCGAUAUCAACACGCCUGACAACCUUGGGAGGACGUGCCUCCAUGCUGCUGCUUCUGGAGGGAACGUUGAAUGUCUUAAUUUGCUGUUGAGCAGCGGUGCUGACUUGAGGAGGAGAGAUAAAUUUGGAAGGACUCCACUGCACUACGCAGCUGCCAAUGGUAGCUAUCAGUGUACGGUGACGCUGGUCACUGCCGGAGCCAGUAUUAACGAGACGGACUGUAAAGGCUGCACUCCCUUACACUAUGCUGCUGCUUCGGACACGUACAGGAGAGCGGAGACUCAUUCAGGAAACAGCCAUGACACGGACGAGGAGCCACUGAAGGAGUCCAGAGUGAAGGAGGCAUUCUUUUGUUUAGAGUUCUUACUGGAUAAUGGUGCAGAUGCUUCGCUCCGGGACAAGCAGGGAUACACCGCUGUCCACUAUGCAGCUGCCUACGGCAACAGACAGAACCUUGAGCUGCUCCUGGAAAUGUCUUUUAACUGCCUGGAGGACGUGGAAAGCACCAUCCCAGUCAGCCCUUUGCACUUAGCUGCCUAUAACGGUCACUGUGAAGCCCUGAAGACGCUUGCCGAAACCCUCGUGAACCUCGACGUGCGGGACCACAAAGGGCGGACGGCGCUGUACCUUGCCACAGAGAGGGGUUCCACGGAGUGCGUGGAGGUGCUCACCAGCCACGGCGCUUCCGCCCUCGUGAAGGAAAAGAAGAAAAAGUGGACGCCGCUCCAUGCGGCAGCUGCCUACGGGAACACAGAUUCCCUACACCUUCUGAUCGACAACGGGGAACGAGCAGAUAUCACCGACAUUAUGGAUAUCCAUGGCCAAACCCCACUGAUGCUGGCGAUCAUGAACGGCCACGUCGACUGCGUCCAUCUCUUGCUGGAGAAGGGAUCCACAGCAGAUGCAGCAGACAGGAGAGGCAGGACUGCGCUGCAUCGAGGGGCGGUGACGGGGUGUGAGGACUGCCUGGGAGCCCUGCUGGACCACGAUGCCUUUGUAUUGUGUCGGGAUUUCAAGGGUCGGACCCCCAUCCAUUUUGCAUCGGCGUGUGGGCAUUCAGAAAUCCUGAGGACCUUGCUGCAGGCAGCGCUCUCUACUGACCCUCUGGACUCCGUGGUCGAUUAUAGCGGCUACUCACCGAUGCACUGGGCUUCGUACAGCGGACAUGAAGAUUGUCUUGAAUUGUUACUUGAACACAAUCCAUUUGUGUACCUAGAAGGAAACCCCUUUACUCCAUUGCACUGUGCAGUAAUUAACAGCCAGGAAGGCACUGCUGAAAUGCUGGUGGAAGCAUUGGGUGCCAAGAUUGUUAAUAGCAGAGAUGCCAAAGGAAGGACACCCCUUCACGCUGCUGCCUUUGCAGACAAUAUCCACGGUUUACAGCUGCUGCUGCGUCACCAGGCUGAGGUAGACACAACCGACCAGUUGGGAAGGACCCCUCUCAUGAUGGCUGCUGAGAACGGGCAGACUGCAGCAGUUGAGUUCCUGCUGUAUAGAGCGAAAGCAGAUUUAACUGUGCUGGACGUCAACAAGAACACAGCUCUUCACCUGGCCUGCAGCAAGGGUCAUGAAAAGUGUGCCUUGUUGAUCUUGGGGGAAACCCAAGACCUUGGCCUUAUCAAUGCAACUAACAGUGCUCUGCAGAUGCCGCUCCAUAUUGCAGCUCGGAAUGGGCUAGCCUCUGUUGUCCAGGCCUUGCUCAGCAGAGGUGCCACUGUACUUGCUGUGGAUGAAGAAGGUCACACCCCGGCCUUGGCUUGCGCUCCCAACAAGGAUGUUGCAGACUGCCUGGCACUUAUCCUCUCCACCAUGAAGCCUUUCCCACCUAAAGACGCCAUCAGCCCUUUCAGCUUCAACCUCCUCAAGAACUGCGGCAUUGCAGCCAAAACAGCGGCCUGCGGGGCCCUGCCCAACGGCAGCACGUGCCCGUACACCACGGACCGGCACAAUGCGAUCGGCUUAGACGGCUGUUACUCGGAGUAGCUUAAACGAUGGGUAUCUAAUAUCUUCUUCUAUUUAUUGAGAAAUUCUAUAAAUAUAGGGCACUUUAAAGGAGAACAAGACUGGACAGGCCUUCACACAGGGCUUGGCAACCGAUGUUAGAGCUUCCUCUUCUGCCUAGGCCCUCACUCGGUUGCCAGCAGCUAAUUGACUUAAUGAGCAGCUGGCAAAGAGCCUUUCCUCUCCCCAUGUUCAGUGCAGGCGAACCCCUCCUGGAGCCACGGCUGGGAAAAGCAGCCCCACUGCAUUAGCACAGCUGGUCCCAAGCAAGGGCCAGGGAAGGUUUCAGGUUUUCUGAAAAAGGGACUUUCUGAUUUCUAACUUCCUGUUUGUAGAACUAACCUCUCCCCGUUGGGAAGCUCCUUAGGAGGGCAGCCCUGCUUGGUUCUUCUGCAGAGCACUCCUCUCAUCACCCAAACUGUCUCUUGGUGACCGCUGAGCUCUGAGGCGGCAGCGAUCAUUCAGCCAUAGAGGGCUGCUCAUGGAUAGACGGGCUUCUCCACCAUUAGAAAUUGGAUUGCCAGUUCCUUUCACCCAGUAGCUGGGAAGAAUGUUUGGUCCCUCCCAGCCCUGAGGUUGAAUUGACUUUGGAGCCAGUUUUGUUUCUAAUCCUCCACCUGGAACUUCCCUUUCUGCCUGUCUAACCCUCCGCUUUCCUUUCAGUUCCCCUCCCGUGCCCCUCACUCUGCGGCGUGCCGGCUCUGUUCAUUCCACAGCUGCACCAUCUAGCCAGAAAGCGGAAACUUGAACUUGGUGGGAGGGGAUUAGACGAGCGAGCGACUGCUGAGUGGUGGGCAUUAGCACCUGGGCAAGUGCCACUGUAACUGCUCCUUCCCUGAAUCAUUUUGUUUUCAUGCUCAUCCUUUGAUUCCAAUAGGAACACUUGAAUCCCGAACUACUGUACCCAGGAUAUCGAGAUAACCUCUGGCAGCUCUCACUCCUUCAUAUGCAAAAACGGGUGCUACUGUCCAUCCGCCGCAGUCUGCUCCGAGCCCCACGUUUGCACUGCUGGAAUAUUCCCUCCCCACACCAGGCACUUUAGGGAAUCUAAUUUCUUUCUUCUUUUGGCAAAAUGUUGGAUCCUGAGAGGCGAUUCCUUCUUAAGUUUUGUUCCUCUCCAUAUUGCGCGGCCAUUCCCGUGUGAGAGUACGUCAGUGUUGCUUUUUAACAUUUAUUUAUAACGAAAUGAGCUUUUACGUUUAAAAAAAAAAACACACACAAAAAAAUUUCGGAAAGUUUUAACCUUUUAAGGAAAAAAAUGCACUUCAAAGUCCUCAUUCACAACCCUAAGUCUGUAUUUAUUUUUCUAACGUGGCAUCUUGGCAGGUUUUAUUAGCGUGUGUGUAUGUGGGAUUGGUGUUUUCAUUUUAGUGUUGGGUUUUUUUAAUUUUAAAAAUCCUAUUUAUAAUGCAUGUUUUAAACAUUCAAGAAUGUGCACUACUUUUUUUUUAAUUACUGUAACAGUAUCAUGUGCAAAAAAAAACAAAAAAAAAACACAAAAACCUUUCACCAUAUCGCAAGUCUGUUUGAAGCCAAAGACUGGGAUGUAGCUAUCAGAGCGGGUCAACAGGACAAAAACAUUCGCUGUACGAUCUUUUCCACUGAUUCUCUUUCCUUUUGCAGUCCUGGGGGUGGGAUAACCUCCUGGUUCUCAGACUAUAGUCAGUGACGUGUGCGCGUGUUGAAAGAACUAUUUUGAGAACCAAGCCUUGGGUUGGAGCCUGGGGGACGUUCAGGAAUGGAUCUCUCUCUCCUUUUCAUUCAGCAGAGCAUUGUCGCUAGUCACUUUCUCUUCUUGGUCAGUAAGACUGUUACAGGAAAUGGGCGAGCCGUAAGUUACAUCUAUGAGAAAAAAUCAGCAUUUCUUGGAUCAAAAUAGCAUGUUUUUAAAUGAAGGUGAAUUCUGAUUUUCUUUUUGGUUUUUUUUGUCCAGACGUUUACUUUACGUGAAAUGGGCAUUGCAACGAAUUGCUGUUUCCCGCAGGCAAUGACAGACUGCCCCCUUUCCAAAAGAGCACCAAAUAGGGAGCGGAGAGACAGGAUGCUGGCCGUAGCUGCAUGCUGGCAGCUGGCAAAGAGAGGUGCUUUAUCCGGCCAGGAGUAGAGUCUGGAAUAGCGAGCAGCUCCUGUUGCACUGUUAGUUUCUUGUACCAAAGUUUAACUCUUAGAACCAAAUGUGAAGUUACAGUCUUGGCCUUUGGGUGGUCAGCGCAUCUUCCUUUCAUUUCACGGAAGGGUUUCACCUGGAGAGUAGCAGAGACUUGGGUGGCAUUUCUGUUUGUUUUUCCUCUUGAAAGUUAUCUUUUUUUAUCCUCACUGCACCAGCUGAGCUUGGUCUCGCUUAGCGUUACCAUCCGACACUCCAGCUCAGCAAAACCCUUGAAACAGGGACUGCCGGGGGAGCGCUCCGUGUGUAGAAAGUAGCCAGUUCUGGUCUUCAGAGAGGGCCUAAAAUCCUCAGAUGGGGAAGGAAGAAAAGGCAGAGAGCCAGCCUGUUUCCCUCAAUGUCAAUAAAACCUUCCUGCUAGUGUCUCUGAUAGUCUAGAAAUCCAAUGCACAAAAGCAGAGUGAGGAUUUCUCUCAACCCACUGGAUGCUAGACCAUUCUGUGAGGCAUAAAUAACUUGAACCAGUCCUUCCUUCCCCUUCUGAAACAUGUUACAGAAGGCUCAAUUCUUAGGUACGUUGCGGCAAGAUCAAUUCUCUCCUCGCCUCCACCCUCAGCACUAAAGUUCUCUACCUUGAUAGCAAGUGUUACCUUUCUACACCGAAUACCUCAGUUCGGAAUCAAACCACACAAAACUUGAAUGAAAGAUCCUCUUGGAAGAUCGUUUUCAGUAUUCUGCAGAGGGAGAACUGGAAAAAAAAAACAAACAAAACGACUUGUUUACAUUAUUGUUGAGUUCGGGUACUUGGCUCUUGCAAUGCUUUCUCUUUUCAUUUUUAAAAUACUGAAUUCAGGCACUGCCUAUUUCUCAGCCUUCAAAUAAGCCCCUGUAACGGGGCAGGAAUAUGGGUCCAAAGUCAAGAUUUGUCCUCUUUUCCCCCCGUCCCGCCCCCCUGGGCAAAUGUCCUCCUCUUGCUGUGCGGCAGCAGGCCUGAGCAUUCAGAAGCACUACACUGAGAAAGCUGUGCAGGUCUGGAAGCCCUGGCUUCCCGAAUCUUUGUCCUUUUCCUGGGGGUUUGAAGGAACAGUGACAGAAUUGCUGGGGUGAGUUACAGAGACCUGGCACAUUUAGGGCACGGGAGAAUUGCUUUAACAGCUCCGUGCUUUUGAGUGAAAUCCUCGCCCUGUUAAAGUAAAUGGCCAAGUUCCUGUUGACUCCAAGGCUUGGGUUUCACCCUCGUGUGCGCAUGUACAGCAGAGGGCAAGACGCACGUCCGUGCAGCACUGAGAGAAUUUUAAUGCCAUCUUACUUUAAUUUUAAUGAAAUAUCACAGGGGGAGGAUUUCAAAAUCAUUUCAAACAAGGGCAACCUUUUUCCCCUCUUCAGGGCAAGGGAAUAUCUUAGCAUAGUGUUUGGAGCGUGCUGCUUUUUUUAGUAUAGUGGCAUUAACCUUUUUUUUUUUUUUUUUUUUUAAUUAGGAAAAAAAUGGCCUUUGGUUUGCCUUGUUUUCAUGCUGUAAUGUGUUACCUCUCUCUUCACUUGACAUGGUAAAGACUAAACUCUGACAAGACAAUCAAUGUGAUCUUUCUAAGGGCUUCAGCACAUCUUCGCUCUGCUGCAUCAGACUUUCUAAUUUAGUUUUAUUUGCUCUUAGUACAUUUUGGGGGAUUAUUUUUACUCCUCCCCUUGUGUCUUUUUUAAAAAAAAAUAAUAAUAAUACCGGAGUGGAAAACCAUUCCAGCAGUGCAUCCGCGGGGGGGAUGGGAAAUUGGCCGUUUCUACCGCAGGCGCCAGCCUUGUUCUCCUUUAACGCUGUAAUGUAAACAUUUGACAGCACAGCUUGACAAUUUAAGUAAUAAUCAAAGUGUUUGGUAAUAAUGCAUUAUUUUGCUAAACGAGAUUUGUGAUGGUUUCCCUAGUGCAUUGUAAAGAGGGUCGGAGGGAAACUUCCACUUGUGUAUGGGCCCCCCCGUCCCCCAACUUUGUGUCUCUCAACACCUCAUUGGCAUUGGCAUAAGAACGUUACAUGUUUUGUGUGUGGCAGCGGGGAGGCCUUAUCUAAAACUUCCUCUACACAGACCUUUAUGCCAAAGUCAGACCAUUCCUGCUUGUCCUUCUGUUGGGCUCUGUGCAUAGAUUUGGCGUAGAGUGAACCUUUUCCGCUUCCCCCAGUGCCACUUGAUUUUUUAAAAAUGAAACGGGUGUGGGAUUGCCCCUGCCCCUCCCAGAAAAGGAAGUUUCUCUCCAUGCCCUCGCUUCACAGCACUUGCUUCAAGCACUUUUGUUAAAACCUGAGAGUCUGGUUUCUCUUUAGUGACCCACAGGAUAGAGAGCAGCGGGGAGGGGGGGCGGGAGGGGCGAGAGAUGAGUGUCUGGGGGGUUAUAUUUUAAUGUUGAAAGUUUCUGUUUCUAGGGAAUGAAUGAACAAAGGGAAGUUGCGUUUAAAAGAAAAAAAAACAGCACAAAUGCAUUUCAACUCAAAAGAUGUAUUUGCACUGCCAUUGUUAGACACGCUGCCAGACAGGCAGCUCAACUGAGCCAUAAUAACUGCUGACAAACACUGAAUGUAACGUCCUUGACCAGGGCUGUCCUGGGAAGCUAGGAAUUGGCUUUAUUCUCGAUGGGCACUUCCAUGAAUUCAAAAAUAACCUGAGGAGGAUGAUACCAUCGUCACUUUUGUUUCGGUUCCCGAGUCACAGCAGGUUAGAGGCUUCUCUGGUUUUUGGUUUUGUUUUUUCCCAUGUAACAGUCUGAUUUUCUCCCCCUUGUCCUACAAGGAGGGAGAGUGGGUGGUCAGUCCCAGAUCUGCAUAUCCCAGCUGCUGAGAUCGGGAGAUAGCACUAAAAACACAGCUCCGAAGGGGAACAAGGAAGCUUUAUUUCCCAGAGCGUUCCCAGCGCUUACGUGGCUUCUGUCCGGACAACGGACCUGUGUUGUUUUUCUGAGCGUAUCAGAUUAUAAGUAUUAGUAAAACAAAAAUAAAAAUCAAUUUUUUUUUUUUGGUUAGGUGGGAGCAGCAGGGGUGGGGAACAGCACUGAGAUCUCCCCAAUCUCUUGUCCCACCCCAUCAAAAAAAUAAAAUAAAAAAAAGGAUCAACUUCCAUCUCAAGAUUUCCUCUUGCACUUCAACCCUAAUUCGGAGGAGUGUUUCCUCCUCACCAAAAGGCUCCAUGCCACAGGGACCAGAAAGGGGGGGUGGAAUUUGUGUGAUUUCCCCCUACACCCCCCCCCCAGUUGUGAAUGUCAAAGGUCUUUUCUGUUCCAUUCACACUGUAAGCCCUGCUCUCACCUUUGCCUUCAAUAAGAAACCAAAGGAAAAACCCAACCCCCCAUUUGAGAUCACGGGCGUGAAAACAUGGACCGUUCGGGUUCGGGGCUUUGCGGUUACAAAAAGCCGUUUGAACCUCUUCUCCUGGCUGGGGUCAGCAGCACUGGGGGUGUAUUGAAAAUCUGAAACCGCCAGCAGGAGAGUAAAAACUGGACACGGUUUUUUUGUUUGUUUGUUUGUUUUUGGGGGGAGGGGGGAGGGGGGUGUGAUGUGAAACUUUUCAGCUGAAGCAAGAGAGGGAGACAACCAGGAGGAAAGGAACUCUUGGAAAUUUAGAGCAAUGGCUCCAUUUGGAUCAUGAAUAUUUAGUCAGACUUAAAGUCCUUAAAGAUACAAUGUGAAACAAACCAACUAGAAUCCGAAGGGAGGGGCGGGUUGGGGAAUACACCUUUAAGGACUUUUAAGGCAUCUGUAGCAAGCUCUCAGUGUCUUUACAAUAUCCUAUGUGUAAAUGCUGCACCUCUGUAUAUUAUGCACAUAAAGCAUUUCUUCGAAUAAGAUAGGACAGACCUCAUCACCAGUCAGGUAUAAACAACACUUCCUCUUCUGUGUCUUGGUUUUCCAGCGCAUGUGUGUGUUUGCGCGUGUGUGUGUGCGGCGUGUGCAUCUUUUCCAGUUCACUUUUGAUGCAAAGGAGAAAGGGGGGGGAGGGGAAAUAGCCUUACUGAAUCCAAUCUUAACUAUCGUUCGUCAGCUUGAAAUGAAUAAAGCAAAUGCAUGGACCCCUGAGCAAUCGGUGCAAUUUCACCUGUGCUGGGCCUUUAUAAAGCACUCGAUCAGAACCAAACUGUAACACACUCUCUGUUAUAUGGGUAACGACAGGAGCAGGAGGAGCUAUUUUAAGGCCGCCCUGCCAGCCUGCUUCCAAUCUGUGCUCUCAGAGAGCAGAGGACACAAUUAGUUCUUCAUGGAUAGAUCAAAAUUGCCGUUUCUUUGGUGCUCUGCACUCGGUCUCUGUGGGGCUCCGGUGUUUCUGAGAUCCUGGCCUUUGCCUGCGUAGGCCGUCUGUGUGUGGUUAGCGAUGGCUGGCGGAGGCCCAGUCCUCGUCCGAACGCUGUAAAGGGGUGGGCUGUAGCAUGUCUUGUCUUCUCGUGCCCAGGGCCCUUUCCUCUUCCCGUGAGGUGCUACGUGACUAUUCUAGCUCAACGAUGAAAUCUCUGGUGCGGGUUGUUAUUGAGCCAAGGCAGCAAAAGUGCUACGAAGAGAGUGAAGCUGCUUAAAGUGGGAGAGUACAAGAAGUUUCUUGGGCUACUUGCAGAGGAGAGGUACCUUUAAAUCCAGUUUACCUUCCCAGGCAAAGAUGUCUCCUCUCCCCUUCCCAAGAGAGAGGCUGUUGUGUUCUGCUGCCUUUGAUCCUGGGAGGUAGGUGGCCCUGGAGCACAGACCUUUCAGAGGAGAGGUCCCCUUUGAGUCCUCUGCCAGGCAGCCAACUAAGCCAGAUCGGGUGUCGAGAGCAGCUAUUCCUUAGGAGCUGGGUUGAACGUCUCCCUUAGAACUGAAUGGGUCCAGAAACCACCCCAGCCCUUCUCUGGCUCUCGCACUGUAGGACCCGAGAGUGGACGUUUGACCAUUUUCCUCUCGUCCAUUGAAUGUUACAGAGGGGAAACGGCUGCAUCUCCUGGGUGCCAGUGGGUUCUCGGUUUCUGAGGCACCCUGCUCAGCCGCACCAUCCCUGGCUCCAUUUCUUUACCACACGGAAUCUGGAUACACCACUAGCUUUUGGAUUUUCAAGCCCUGUCACUGGGGCAAUGUUCUGGAUAAAACUCCCAUGUAACCCUCGCACCCAUCUCUCCCUCUCACCAGAGGUGCAACCCACAGCAGUGGAGAAGGGAGUUAGCCACGGGCCCCAAACCACUGAAGAAGUUUUGGUAGCUUUUCCUUUUGCGUCCUGUGUCUGAAUUUGCACUGUGAAAUCCGGCUUGUUCGGGAGCAGAGAAGUGUCCCAUAAAAGCAAUACGUGAGCUACGGUGAUGCAUGCAAGGAACUUUAGGAGAUGACCAAAAAAUAAAAACAAACAAGGCCAGUUCUUCAAUUUGAGCAGCCCUCUAGGGUGAUCCUGUGAGUCUCAGCCAAUAUUCGGGGGGUCUGGGUACCUUGGAACUGCCCCUUCCCCACGCGAGCGUUGCGGUGCUGGUGGGCAAGAGGGCAUUUUAACAAAACCAGGUUUCUCUUUCGAAAUCGGUCUUGAUUUCAAAAAGACUUUUUUCUUGUUGAUCUACUUGAAGGUACUAACCAAAACGGCUGCUGCUUUCAUUUUUAGUUUUUUGCUAGGAGGGAGUGUUUGGGUGUUUGGAAGUUGCUUGGAACUGUCAGUUCCCUGGGAGUGUGGGUGGGGGUGGUGUCAGCCCCUGCUUGGCACAAGGGUCUUUUCUGAAAACUGCAUCAGGCACCCUGACAGCUCCAGGAAUAUAGAAACUGCAAAACCUUUUUGCCACUACAUGCCUUGCAGCACAGGCAAGGGUAGGGAACAACCAGGGCAGUCUUCUUUUGAUAGAGGGGGCAGAACGCCUGUCUCGGGCCCCAACAGUCCACUGUAGAUUUCAAAUAAAUAGAUGGGGAUGGUAAAGGGGGCAGGUGUGGAGGGAAGCCCUUCCUCCCCGGUGGAGGCGGAACGAUUUGGAGGGUAUAUGAAAAAAUGGAGAGUGGAAAUCUACAAUGAUUUUCCUUCUCUUUAGCCUCCCACAAACAAAAGCAGGCACCAAAGAUGGAGCAGAAACACCACCUGGAUUUAAAAGGGUUUCUGGCAGGUUGGGUUGAAUAGUGAGAUCCUCACCACCACCACCCCCCCCCAGCACAAUAUAGAGGGAAUAGAUUUUACAGCCUGAUCAGAGUUCACCUCUUUGGGGUCCUAGCGUUGCCUCUCAGCUCCUCCGAGUCAUUGGCUUGAGGAAGCAGGGCUCUUUAACCUCAGAGAUUUGGGUGCUUUGCUAACAGAUUGGCAGCACUGCUGGCUUUGCAACAUCAUUGCAUCUGAAUUUAGAUGCUGCAAAAAACCAAAACCAACUCACAGCCUUGGGAUGCCUCUGAGGGGCAGAUGUCGCUGAGAAGGUCCGUGGCCCCCAACCUGAAGGGUCCCAUCACCCCCACGCUGCUUUUUGGGGGGGCUGUAGAGGUAUAUGUGGUCUGUAGUCAUGCCAUGCUUUCAGGACAUGCUGCUUUGCCAUCCAAGGCGGUGCAUCGAGUCAAACCUGGGGCAAGCUGAUGAGUGUUUGGCAGGUUUGCCACCUUAUUCGGUGCAGCACUGGCAGCUUGUGCCAGAAUGCAGGGCCGUCGCUGCUUAUGGCCAGCCACCAGGUGCAGAGGGGCUUAACUGGAGCCUAGUGUGUGAGGAGUCUGCAGCAGCUUUUUGUCGUCCCUCCCUAGAAUCGUCGUAGCGUGUAAAUACAGGAUUGAAAAUUGCACUGAAACUAGCUAUGUGCCAGCUUCCAUCUCCCCUCCUUUGACCAUGUUUUUGAUUUGGGUUUGGAUUUUUUUUAAGUCUGUAUCCUCCCUUAAAACCAAAAAUUAAAAGGCUCCUUUGUCCUGGAGGAUGCAUCAAGUACUGUCUCUCUCUGUCCUGCAUCAGCUUAGAUCCCCACUCUGUCAGAUGAGCAUCUUCUCCAUCCACCCUCCACUCAGCAUGCUAAGGAAACGUCUGCUUGCCAGAACUAUUCUGGAUUUCAGGGUUUGUCUCAUCCCUACAGAUCUGUCAAGUUUCUAUUUUAUUUUUGCCCUUAGGGCUCCCAUAGCUUUCUCUUGCUUCCUUCUUUAAGGAGGUAUUUCAAAAUCAAAGACAAAAGCCAGCAAUAUGUAGCAAGAAUCUUGUUUCCUCCCGAGCUGCACGCUGUCUUAGAGACGCCUUUACCUAACAGUACCCAUGCCACUAAAUUCCUCUCAAAAAGUGCUGGUAGCUAAUAGAUGGAAAGGUGUCCACAUUGGCUCAGAACCCAGUGUUCAGAGGGGCAGCACCCACUUAGAAAGCUGCUUCUGUCUUUAAACCACUUUCUUUGCUUGCUUUGUUACCCUGUGCCGAACAUCAGUAGGUCUUGGUGCUGCUUAAGUCAGUGUCACCCAUGAUGACUCUAACGCAGAUCAGAAGAAGAAUAUGUUUCUCUCUUUGGCUCCAGUUGGUUGAGUUCGGUUGGUUUCUUCUGUUUGUGCAGAGGAGAGGAAAAUGUGAUGGUCAAACCACAAAACCUGCCAGGGGAGCUCAGGGGCAGCUGUGGGACAUGAAAGUUCUUGACAUGUUUUGGUUUGAAAUUGACUAGCUUUGUAGUCCGCGCUGUCCCUUCAAACACUCCUUGUUAACGGUCGUGCUUCCCUGACACGCCUGCAUAUAAGGGGACUUUGUCAGAGAAUCAUGUUGCUAUGAGUGACCUCUAGCAAGAUUAACACCACUCUGCAAAACAGUUCCUGCAAACUUGCCUGGGAAACCUCUGACAUGGCUAGCAGUGGUUUUGACACCAGACUUUGCUGUGUGACUAGGGGGAGGCCAGAGAGUAGAGGGGUGUUUUUUGUUUACGAGGCUCCAACUUUGCUAUUUAGCAAGGGUAACCGAAUGCCCUGGAUUCUCCAAUCCGUCUGCUGGAAGAUUGGAAUCUUGCCCUAUGCCCAUCUUGCCAGUAACUUGCUUAGAUAUAAAGUAAGAUCCCAAAUCAAAGCACUUUCAAGACCCCUCUUUAAUUCAAGCGGUUAGUUCUUCACUAUCCUUUUCUUUCCUGUGCACCUGUGUGGAGAGGAGCAUUUUAAAGUUUAUGCUCAUUAUGUCUUCUUAGGAACAAAGCCAUCUCCCAUUGGCUUUGGUGAUCUCUAGCGACCUACCGUCAGAAUUUCUGCUUUUGGACCUGCUCAGUCUUGAAAAUCUGUGUGUAUUUUCCUGUCCUGUCUCUCCCUCAACCCAAAAAUCUUGCCUUCUAGUGUCAGUAUUGGUUAAAUAACCCUCCGGCCAGCCCCGUGCCCCUUUCCCUGCUCUGCACCGGAGCCCUCUGUUGUGGGCCUGUUAGGAACUGGAUUUUUAAGGAAUUCCCCGAGCUUGGUUGCAGUAGUUACUCCUGCUAAAUAAGUUGAUCUGAAGACAGGAGUGGAGGUGGCAGGGGAAGAGAAAUGGGAGUCACUUUAUUUCCUUAUGUUCUGUUUGUCGCAGAUGUGCCAAACUGGGGAGGGAGGGAGCAGUCGCCUCCAACGUCUCUCUCGCUAAAGCAAUAGACAUUGGCUGAAUCUUGCAGGUUCUUCGGUCCACGCUCUACUUGGGGCAGCAGUAGGGGAUUCACGAAAGUUCUCUCGGACAGUGCAGGUGCUGGCUGGGAAUUUGGGUGGAGAGGAAGGCGGGCAGGGAAGGACGACUCUGCCUGCCUGUUGGAAUUGCAUUCGGAACCGUGAGGUUAACUGUAGAAAUCGGAUAGUUUCAGUCCCAAUUCCCUGAGCCUUCGCUGCUGGAAUCUGCUGUCCCUUAUUCCCGUCAGGGUGUGCUGAAACCUCCUAGUUUGCACUGGUAUUGGUGCGUCCAAGAUGAAUACAAUACACCUCGCUCUCCGGACAUCCCCCGACAAUACCCCUGUGUGGUGUGUGACAGCAUGUACAGCGUUUAGGUGUGUUCUUUAUGUCCUAUAACAAACGCGUCUUGUGCAUCUGUUUCCUAGAACGUGCUGUGUCGUGUGAGAUGCAUGACGUGUGAUGCUGCCUAUCCAUCGCCGGGCUGGGGGAGUGUCUCCUGCCCUCCCCAGGCCCCUCUCUCUGCCGACACACCUCAUGCCCUAGUGCGGAAACACGGCAUGUGGUUUUGACUUGAAUCUCCUCAGAGCCAUUUCUCAUUCCUUUCCCCUUCCCCGGUAGUUGUUGCCUGCGCUCAGUCCAUUUCUAGUCAAUACAGUUCGAUUCAUAUGGGCAUCAGGGGGAUUUUUUCCCCCCAGACUUUGCCCACAGGCAGCGUCGACAUGAGCUGAUAGCCACCAUGGUUGCCUUUAACGCGAGAGGUGCAUCCUGCGUCGACUGAUUUUCUGCCUUUAGGGCUCAGUGUAAUAUGGAAGUUGGGGCUGUUAACACAUCCUGGCUUGGACUGGUUUAGUGCAGCUGGGAGAAAGCUCAUCCUUACACCCCAGAGCCGUGAGUUCCUUUGCCUCUGCUUCUCCUGACCUGGCCCCGACGUCAGCGAGUCACGCUCCCGGGCAGCUGUUUGGUAGCAGUUUGCCGGCCGCUGAUCUUUGGGUCUGUUUGAAGAUCUAUGUUCCAGACCCAUGGUGGUUCUGGUCUUCGGGGAGCAAAUUCACCUCGAGGGUGAGUGGCAGGAACAGCCCCCAGCGGGGACACAGACGGCUCUGACUGAAAUUGACUUGCCGCCGCCUCGACCCAUACGUGCUGCGUGCAAGAGACGAGGUGCCAGGGGGUUCCGCAGCGUGUGCGGACGAGGCAGAAGUAGGCGUCUCAGCCCAGAUUGGUAGAUCGGUGUGGCUUUGUAGUGUUGCAGAGGACACUGGGCCCAGCCGCGUCAUUCAGACUUGUUGCUUUUACAGGCAAGGGGGUGUCACCUGAGACGCCAAGUUCCCCUCUGUGGUCUGGAGGAGGCCCGGGGAGCCAGCACCCACGGGACCUAUUGGCAAUAGACUGAUUUCUAGCACCAUGUGUGUUCCAUUCCAGUGUCGUGGCUUGUUGGCUGCCAUGGGGUUUGCGGGGGCUCAGCGCUUUGAUAUUUCAGGCUUUGAGGUGUUUUCCUGGCCUCUUGCUGUGGCUUCCAUUUCGGGCUGCACAGAUACCAGAGCGCUGGGCCGGCCCAGCUGGAAGAUCCAUCUGGGGAGCUCUAAGGAGAGGGUUAUUCAUUGUGCCAGGGGGCUUACAGAUCCCCUUUAACCCUCCCCCCCAGAGGAGUUAGCUCAGCACUCCUCACACAUUGAAAGUACCAGGAGGAGCUCCCUGCCAGCCCCCCAGAAGCUGCCUCGUCCUGCGGGCGUGCACUUUAAACACGUGUCCCCAGUGUGAGUGAGCUUAGAGCAGACGCUUGGAUGUAUUUCGCUCCCCCUUCCCACAGCAUUUUCAGUUCAGUUCAAUCAGGUACAUUUGGGACCUGACUGAACUGGAUUGGCACUAAACCUACAAGUGGGGACCUGGUCGGUCACUGCGGAGGGGUUGGGGCAUGUUUGUGUGCAUGUGGCGGGGAGGUGGCUGCAUCGGGUGUGAAUUUUACGUCAUCAGGUGGGCGGGGACGUUGUGUAUUUGAGAUGGUUGGAAAUACAAAAAAGCUUUUUAAUUUUAGACUUCACUGCACUGUUCACACCUACCUCUUGCAAUAAACAGAAUGGCUCACGGGUGUGUAGAAUGCUUUCUUGCCUCUGAAAUCCCACCCCUCAAAGCCUAGGGCUGACAAACUCCUGACAUCCCAAGCGGCUGGCUGUAUUGCCGGGGCAGGGUGGAUCCAGCCAAGGAGCUGCUGGGAAAACCUCCACUGAGAACUUUCUCCUUCACCGCAGCCCCCCUGCAUCAUGUUACCCUUCCUGGAAAGCACAUUGACACCCACCGGCUCCAGCCUCUGCUCGCUGGAUCCGUUUGCUUAUCGUACUUAACAGCUGCUGGGGUUUUUGGUUUGGUUUUUGAAAUAAAAGGGGCUUUUUGUUCCCUGGGAUUUUUCCCCUUCAGAGCACUGAAUCUGGAACCUGCUGAGCAAACCCCAGCGUGUGGUGGUGAUAUUGUUCCUAAUGGACAGGGGACUUAACUGGAGGUCAUGGUGCAGGGCAACUUAAUUGGACACCUUUUAAUUUCAGCAGGUAGGGGAGAGGUGCGUGCGUGAACCACAGCUGUUUGAGAUGCUGGGGAAUUCUUGGGGGAGCAGCCAUCUUCUCUCCCCCCACAGUAUCAGCAGAGGGCAGGUAUAUGGGCAAGGGAUGGACCAAUCUUUGGAAGAAACGCCAACUGUAUCCCCCCUGAACCAGUUCAUUCUUCCUUCCUCCGCUGGUUUAAAGCACAAAAGCUGCCCUGCCGGUUGGUGGGUGAGCGGGCGGAGUAUCAGGAUGCCUCUGCUUUACCGGCAGAGGUGCAGGGGACCCUGCGGGGACGCACACAGCGUGAAAUAUGGUAGAGUUUUGAUGUGCAAAUAACAUGUAGAAAGGAAACAAGGUGUGAAACCCUCUCCCCCCCCCCCCCCCGGGGCUGAGAGGCUGCAGGUGCCUGGCUUGCAAGAUUUGAGCCACGCAGGUUUCAUCUUAGCAGCUGGUUUCUCUCCCCUCCCGUACAACCUGGCACCUGGGGGGCACCGACAUUAAGUCCUGACCAACAAAGCACUUGUCUCUGUGGAGGAAAUUAAAAAAAAAUAAAAAAUCCUUUUCGUCAAGGGAAACCCAAAGCUGUUAAACCCCCUCGUGGGGAUAUGAAAUUGCAUAAGGAAACAAACCAAGAAGCCAUCCAUCCCCCCAGCGUGAAUGCCAUCCAUUUGCCUUGUCCCACUCCCGCAGGUGAGCCCGGUGGCCGGUUCCUUGUUUUCUGAGAUGUUCCAUGUGUGUAUUUUGAGAAAUCCUGCAUCAGUUGUGGGAGGGCGAGGGGGGAGGAACUAAAAACAAAAGCAUUCAGACUUGAUCUAUUUUAUACAAUGUAUCUGCAACCAAGUCCUGUUCUUCAUAUUGUGGCUUUGAAUCAAUUAUGUUUAUUAAAAUGCUAUUGCUUCUA